CCCGGCCGGGUACAAGGCUCGCCGGCUGCAGAGGCCAGUCCGAGCCGUAGGGGAAGGAUCCGUUUCCCGCCCCGCCGACCGGCGCUUUCCUCAUGGCGAGCUGCUGCCGCGGCCCCUCCCCGGGGCGCCGCUCGCUGCCGCUGCUCCUGCUGCUCCUCCGCGUCUCCCUCGUGCGUCAGGCGUCGGCCGCCACCACGUCCCGGCUGAGCGGCUAUUUCGGGACCAAGUCCCGGUACGAGGAGGUGAACCAGCACCUGCUGCGGGACCCGCUCUCCCUGGGGCCCCCGGAGCCGGGGCACCUGCUGCCCUCCGCCGCCUGCGUCCCGCUGCAGCUCCGCGCCCUCAUCCGCCACGGCACCCGCUUCCCCACCGAGAAGCAGAUCCGCAAGCUGGGCCAGCUGCACCGCCUGCUCCGCAGCCAGGAGCGGGCCUGCCCCGCCGCGCAGCAGCUCGCCCGCUGGGACAUGUGGUACCAGCCAGAGAUGGACGGGAGGCUGGCGCCCAAGGGCCGCCUCGACAUGGAGCAACUGGCCCAGCGCCUGGUCGCCCGCUUCCCCGGCCUGCUGUCCUCGCAGCGCCGCUUCGCCUUCGCCAGCAGCUCCAAGCACCGGUGUGUGGAAAGCAGCGCCGCUUUCCGCAGGGGCCUACAGCUGGCCCUGCAUCCGCAGCCGUCGCCCAGCGACAUUGUGCAUGAGAAGACUGAGAUUGAUGACAAAUUGAUGAGGUUCUUUGAUCAUUGUGAGAAGUUUGUAACCUCUGUGGAAGAGAAUGAUACAGCUAUGUAUCAAGUGGAUGCCUUCAAACAGGGUCCUGAGAUGAAAAGGAUUCAGGAAAAAAUUGCAGCUACUUUGUGUAUACCAGUGCGUGAUUUAAAUGCAGAUUUGAUCCAGGUUGCUUUUUUUACCUGUUCAUUCGAGUUAGCUAUUAAAAAUGUGAACUCUCCUUGGUGCUCACUCUUCAAUGAAGAUGAUGCUCAGGUACUGGAAUACCUGAAUGACCUAAAGCAGUACUGGAAGAGAGGAUAUGGAUAUGAUAUCAACAGCCGUUCCAGCUGCAUUUUAUUUCAAGAUAUCUUCAAACACUUUGACAGAGCCAUUGCAGAGAGUAAAAGUUCCAUGCCCAUUUCUUCACCUGUAAUCCUGCAGUUUGGACAUGCAGAGACCCUUCAGCCACUGCUUGCUCUAAUGGGUUUCUUCAAGGAUGAGGAGCCUCUGACUGCUGACAAUUACAAAAAACAAAUGCAUCGGAAGUUUCGUAGCGGCCACAUUGUACCUUAUGCCUCCAACCUGCUAUUUGUGCUUUAUCAUUGUGACCAAGCUAAGACCCCUGAGGAGGAAUACCAAGUACAGAUAAUGUUGAAUGAAAAGUUGCUGCCAUUUCUUCACUCAGAGGAAACUGUCUCUCUGUACACAGAUCUGAAGAACCAUUAUAAGGACAUCCUUCAAAACUGCAACUUCAAAGAAGAAUGUGAAUUAUCAAAAACUAAUAAUACUUCCACUGAUGAACUUUGAGGGAGUAGAAUAGAGUAAAUAUCAUGGAAAUUGAUCUCUGGUAUGCAGUUUGGUAUGUGUGGUGGAAAA